AUGCUAGAUAUAAGUGAGGACUCCCUCUCGAACGACGUGCAGUAUGCUCCAGCCGGCACUAUCUGCGAGACUCUUAAUCUUUAUCAGACGAGUUCUAAUCAUAACGGCAUUAUUUCAUGGUCUAGAGAUCCUGCUGCCGGUAUGUGGAGACAAGAUAAGGCACCUGACUCCGGCCAGUACGCGCUUCUUGCUCGGAAUAUCAAAGGCUCUAAGGGACAAAGAGAGUACGAACUCGACUCGAUAGUUGUGCAGAGUGAUCACAUCAAACGAUUUUUGGCCAGGGUCAUGGAUGGCUACCCUGGCAUUACUAUGUCACGCAAGCGUGUACAGUUCAGCAAGCCCUUCGAACCGUUUGUCCAUCGCUGGGAAAUGCUUUCCGAAGCUAAAGACAACGAGUCCAAUGCACAAGCUAAGGCCCAUGUGGAUCUACUUUAUGGGAUCCUGGCAGCCGAGCUCAACGAUGUCAUCACGAACAAGCAAAACCUUGUCCUCGAUGGUGUGAUCACUUUUGAUAUGCUCUGGACGAUCUUCGAGCCAGGUCAGAUAACUCUCAGUACCAUGGACGAUUGCAAUCGUGCCUUUCGGCUCGAGAAGAGUUGGCCCGGUUCGGGCUUUGAGAUUGAUACUGUUUACAUUGACUAUAAUGGCCAUGGAUUUGGGUACAGGAACUACAGCCUCUCCAUUCCAACCUUUGAAGGCACCAAGCCUAUCAUGUCCUUGCCAGUGAUUCCUUUUGUGUUUCAUAAUGACAAGGACACGCUGCGCAAAAGCCUGACCCUUCGUGGAAAACUGUGGUAUCAGCACAAAGGCCAUCACCACAAGCAAUACGAGGGCUUGGCCUUGACAUCGUAUGGUGGUCAAGAAAUCAGGUACAAAAUAAACAGCCGAGUCAUCAUCGACACGGAGGCAUAUCUCGAGUUCCACUCCAAUGGACCUCAAAUAAGCUUGCAAUACAUAUCCGACCCACCAGCCGAUGAAGACUUUCUGAUCGCAACUCCAAUUUUACGUGGAUACUCUCUCAAAGACAGAAAAUGGCUCGAAUUUUCCAUAGAUGGUGUAUCAGACAUUGUCUGGAAACUGCGACCGUUUAAAUCUCUGAUACUGCCUGACGGCGAGGCGAAAGAUCUCAGAGACCUAGUUCUUGCAUUCGCGAGCUCCCAGUCAGAGAAAUCCGAUAUUUCUGAUGAUCUGCUCAAAGGCAGAGGUCGCAAUAUCUUUCUACUCCUCCAUGGUCCCUCUGGAGUUGGCAAGACUCUGACGGCCGAAUGUGUUGCCGAAGUCAUGCAAGUGCCGCUUUACGUCCAGAAAGCGGGAGCGCUAGGAACGACUGCCGCGAGAAUAGAGAAGAGCCUGAGCGAUGUCCUUCGUAUAGUUACGAAAUGGGGCGCUGUACUUCUUCUGGAGGAGGCCGAUAUUUUCACACAGGAACACAACCCCAGCGAUCCCCAGGAAAUGGCGCUCUACCAUGCAUUCCUACCACUACUGGAAUACUUUGAGGGAAUUUUAAUCCUGGCUAGUAAUCGCGUCAAGACCAUGUACCCUACCUUGGAAUCCCGUAUCGAUGUUGCCAUCCACUAUCCCGAACUUGACGCGAAGUCCCGCAGCCAUAUCUGGACCCGUUUACUCGGAAAGUCGGAUAGAAAAGCAUUCUCCGAGAGUGAGAUUUUCAACCUGGAGGACUGCGAUCUAAAUGGAAGAGAAAUCAGGAACGUUCUAAACUCUGCCAGAGUUCUCGCCCGCUAUCGGGAUACUAAGCUGAGCUAUAAACAUGUCCUAACUGCCCUGCAGCUUAUGUACCCGACCCGUGAGUGGGGGGAUUAUUGA